AUGGUGGUAAUGCCCGGCGAUGAGUUGGCGCUGGACCAGGGAAAGCCCGUGGUCCUGGGCCCUGGUGUGUACUGUGAUCCGCAGACGCAGACGGUUGUUCCUGUGAAUGCAGGUGUGCCGGUGGUGAAGGAGAGUGCCAAGAGGCAGACUGUGUAUGUUGAGUACAACUCGAAGAGGUAUAUUCCCUCUGUGGGUGACCUAGUGAUAGGUGUGAUAACGUCUACGUUCUCAGACAGCUACCGGGUGUCGUUGUCGAGUUUCUCUAACUCGGUGUCGUUGUCAUACAUGGCGUUCCCCAAUGCGUCCAAGAAGAAUAGGCCCACUUUGAAAGUCGGUGAUCUUGUCUACGCUAGGGUGUCGUCUGCAGAGAAGGAACUUGAGGCCGAGAUAGAGUGCCUGGACUCCACGACGGGUGAAAGCGCGGGGUUCGGGCUGCUGGAAGGCGGCAUGGUGAUAGAUGUAACGCUGGCAUUCGCACGCCGUUUGCUGUUCAACGACAACUUCCCUUUACUCUUGCUGCUCUCGAAGAGAACACAAUUUGAAGUCGCCAUCGGUGUGAACGGUAAAGUAUGGAUUAAAUGUGACGAAGUCAAAUACACAAUGGCGUGCUUCAGAUCUAUAAUGAAGUGCCAGGACCAACCGGUAUCACAGUACAAGGAUAUAAUAAAACAAGAGUUCGAUUCUUUGCCAAAGGAAGAAGACUAG